AAUCACUGGGAGCAGGCGUACCUUGACCUGCUGCGCCACGUCCUAGAGUGCGGCGAGCCGCGGGAAGACCGCACCGGUACGGGCACGCUGUCCGUGUUCGGCAGGCAGCUGCGGUUCGACAUCUCGGACUGCGUGCCGGUGCUGACCACCAAAAAGGUUGCGUGGCAAAAGGUCAUCCAGGAGCUGCUGUGGUUCAUGCGCGGCGACACGGACGCAGCGAUCCUGCAGCGCGACGGCGUACGCGUGUGGGACGGCAACAGCUCGCGCGCGUUCUUGGACGCGCGCGGCCUGCGCCACCUGCCAGAGGGCGACAUUGGCGCGGGCUACGGCCACCAGUGGCGCCGCUUCGGCUCGCCGUACGUGGACUGCAAGACGCCGCCCCGGCAGGGGGCCGAGGCAGGGGGCGUCGACCAGCUGCAGUUUGUGCUCGACGAGCUGCGGCGCAACCCCAGCAGCCGCCGCAUCUUCAUGUCCGCCUGGAACCCGUGCGACCUGGACAAGAUGGCGCUGCCGCCCUGCCACGUCUCCGCGCAGUUCUACGCCGACCGCGCCGGCGGCCUGAGCUGCCACAUGUACCAGCGCAGCGUGGACGUGUUCCUCGGCUUCCCCUGGAACAUCCUGUCGUACUCGGUCCUCACGUACAUCCUCGCGGCCAAGGCGGGCCUCAAGCCCAAGGAGCUCAUCAUCUCGACGGGCGACACGCACAUCUACGCCAACCACGUCGGCCAAGUGAGGACGCAGCUUGCACGCCAGCCGUUUGCGUGGCCCCGGCUGGAGCUGUCGCCCGCGGUCGCCGCCAAGGCGUUCGAGGACAUAACCCUCGAGGACUUUCGCAUGGUAGGCUACACCAGUCACCCGUACAUCCGGGCGGACAUGAGCGUGUGA